UCGUGAAUUCAUCAUUUCAGCGUACCGAACCCUAAAAAUAACAAUCCCAAGACUUCUCAUUGCUAUUCUCUAAUGGCGGAUCUAAACAAAGAAGAAGAAGAACCAGAAUCAAGACAAGUAGGAGGAGCAGAAUAUAGUUGGUGUAGAGCUGUACCAGGAGGAACAGGUACUACAGUAUUAGCUCUCCUUUUAUCAAAACCUAUGGACAUAACAAUUCUUCAGAAAUCUCUUCAUAAACUUCAAAUUAAUCAUCCAAUUCUUCGUGCUAAGCUCACUUCUUACCAACCUAAUACGUACUUUUUCUUAAUUCCUUCAUCACCUUAUGUUCAGAUUCAAUCUUUUGAUUCUACAGCAACUUCUAACCUUCUUCAAAAAUUAGCUAAUUCUGAGAACAAUUUAUCAUCGUUUCAUCGGAUUCUUGAACAUGAAUUGAAUCUAAAUGUAUGGUCAGAAUCAGUAUUUGGAGGAUCAGGAUCAGAGUCUGAAGAGGUUGAGGAUGAAUUGGAUUUGUUUUAUGGUACAUUGUAUACACUAGAAGAGAAAUGGGUUUUAGUGUUUCGUAUUCAUACUUCUAUUUGUGAUAGAACUUCUGCUGUGACGUUACUUAAUGAGUUUCUGGGGUUAAUUGGAGAGGAUGUGGUUGAUAUGGGAAUUGAGGAUGAGGUUAAUUUGGGAAUUGAGGAUCUUAUACCUAGUGGUAAAGCUACUAAACCAUUUUGGGCUCGUGGUGCUAAUUUGGUUGGGUAUUCAUUGAAUGCAUUUAGGUUUUCUAAUUUGGAUUUUGUUGAUACUGUUUCGAUGCCGAGAUCUUCUGGUGUUGUGAGGUUGCAGUUGACACCUGAUGAAACGGAACGACUUCUUGCUGGAUGCCAGGCAAGAGGAAUUAAAAUGAGUGGAGCCAUCGCAGCUGCUGGAAUGAUAGCAGCAUAUUCAUUGAAAGAGCUCCCUGAUUAUCAGUGGGAGAAGUAUGCUGUUGUGACUUUUGUGGAUUGUCGUAAAAUUCUGGAUCCACCUCUCGAAAGCCAUCACCUUGGAUUCUACUACUCUGGGGUUCUAAACACCCAUGAUGUGAACGGAGGAGCUGAACUGUGGGAACUAGCAAGUAAAUGCUAUGUGGCGUUAACAAAUUCUCUGGAGGCAAAUAAGCAUUUUACAGACAUGGCUGACCUUAACUACCUCAUGUGUAAGGCAAUUGACAACCCUAGCUUGACUCCAUCUUCAUCCUUGAGAACGUCAUUCAUUGCAGUCUUUGAGGAUCCUGUGUUCAACAAUUCUAGUGAUUUACAUCAAAAACUAGGUCUUGAAGAUUACAUAGGUUGCGCAUCAAUUCAUGGUGUAGGCCCAUCCAUUGCUGUUUUUGAUACCAUUAGGAAUGGAGCCCUUGAUUGUGAAUGUGUGUAUCCAAUGCCCCUUCAUUCAAGGGAACAGGUACAAAAGCUGAUUGAUAAAAUGAAGAGGGUUCUAAUUGAGGGUAGUUAUUAAUCGAAGGAAGUAGUAGAUGUGUAUCGCUAUUUCCCGCACUAAGAAAUGUAUAGUGUAUUAUACUUAUUGAAAAUGUCAUGUAAGUUUAGGUGUCAUUGCAAUAAUCUUCUUGAAGUGCAAGUAGGUAGGAUCUUAUAUAGAGUGUCAGCAAUUAUUGCGUGUUUAUUAAAUUUAGAUGCACCUUAUUAAGGCUGUUUGGUGAAAAAACAAUAAGUAUCUACUGUUUGUCAAAUUCAGUAUUUUUUGUUCUUUUUCUUUUUGAA